GCUCACGUAGCGAGCUUUGUGGAAAACCAGAGUUUAUCUUGAAAUUGUCCAUAAUUGGAGCUUGUGGAUAGGCAUGAUUGCUCGCGUGCCAAUGCGAAAUUAUUCUUCCGAUGGAGUUUAGGAUAGCUGUGUAGCGAGUCCAAGUUCUGCGCAAAAAUAAUUCGUUUCCAGCAUUGACAAUGGAAGCAAUAUUGACCAAAGGAAGCUUGGCCUCUCUGGCCACGGUUGCGACGGUGUUACAGUUCCUUACCGGCACUGUCAUAUGCAAUCGAUACAUCAGGAAGAAAUCUACUGGAGAUACGUCGGCCUUCCCUUUUAUAUCUGGUUUUCUGUCAUGUUUCAUGUGGCUCAAGUAUGGUGUACUAACUGAGGAAAGCACUUUGAUUUUGGUGAACUUUAUUGGUUCAGCGUUGUUUUUCUCGUACACCGUAGUUUUCUUCGUGUUUUCCGUCAACAAGCGAGAGGUGGUUCGUCAAAUGAUGCUCAUUUCGUGCAUUAUUUUGAGUGCAACGAUCUACACGUCGUUUGAAGUGGAUGCUGAGAAGUCGAUCAGAGUGAUAGGUCUGCUUUGCUGUUGCCUGGCGGUUCUAUUCUUUGCAUCACCGCUGACGACAUUGGCUCAUGUUAUACGCACUCAAAACACGGACAGUCUUCCUUUUCCGAUCAUUGUUGCUUCCUUUUUUGUGUGCUUGUUGUGGACAGCCUACGGGAUACUUAUUGGUGAUCGGUUUAUACAGGUACCAAACCUUCUUGGAGGAAUAUUGGCCGCAAUUCAGUUGACUUUGUAUGUGAUAUACCCGAAACAGAAAGCUUCCUCCGGCGGUGGACCACGUUACUCCCCGUUGGUAUCUGAAAAUCCGAUUUUGUAGUAUUAAUGGUGGUAUGAUAGAUAAGAAGUACCCAGUGUGCUUAUUGUUGUAAGCAGCAAUGAAAGGUAUUAACGCCGUUGUUAUUCCAUUUUAGUCAAUAAACAAACAUGUGAA